AUGGAUGACUGGGACAACAGUGAUGAAUUUAUUCAGCGACUGGAUUUUUCCAGUUGUGGUGAAGAGAGUGAAGACAGAAGCGUAGACGAGGAGGAUGCCCUGAGCUCAAGCCCACACCAGAGCUGCAAGUUCCAGAACUGGCAAGGGAGCAGUCCUCUGCCAGCAACCCCUCAGGGAAAGCUUAACGAGGCUUUCCCCAGCAGGAGGAAAGCCUGGGUGAGUCCCACUCUGCAGCCUUCCCCGGCCGUGAGCAAGAGCCAGGGUAAUCCUGAGACACCACUGCACAUCACCUGGAAGAAACUGCAGCUCUGUGACACCCCGUACACUCCCAAGAGCCUGUUAUCGAAGACAGCUUUUCCUUCAUCUGGGACAAAGAUGCCACCCAAAGGCUUCCGACAUCUGAGAUUUACUCCUGGUGCUGACUCAGAUGACUCUGCCCAAGCCUCCCUUGUCAACAUUAAUCCCUUCACACCAGAGUCGUAUCGACAAAUGCUCUUUCUGCCUAAUGGCAAGAGGAAGACCAGAGGAGAACUGAGGGAUCCUGAUCCAAGAAGCCAGAUAAAACAGGAGCUCCCUACCAAGAGAUAUCCUCUGAAAGAGAGCAACAUGGUUUCCCGCUACAAGAAGGAGUUCCUGGAACUAGAAAAAAUCGGUGUGGGGGAAUUUGGAUCUGUCUACAAGUGCAUCAAGCGCCUUGAUGGAUGUGUUUACGCCAUCAAACGCUCCAAAAGGCCUCUGGCAGGAUCCUCGGAUGAGCAGCUGGCACUGCGGGAGGUUUAUGCUCACGCUGUCCUUGGACACCACCCCCACGUUGUGCGCUACUACUCAGCGUGGGCAGAGGACGAUCACAUGAUUAUCCAGAACGAGCACUGCAACGGUGGGAGUCUCCAAGAUGUGCUGCUGGAAAAUGCGAAGCUUGGCCAGUAUUUCCCAGAAGCAGAGCUGAAAGAAAUAUUGUUACAAGUCUCCAUGGGGCUCAAAUACAUCCACAACUCUGGCCUUGUGCACAUGGAUAUCAAACCUAGUAACAUCUUCAUCUGUCACAAGCUGGCAGUUGAGAGCCCUGCUGGGCAGGAUGAGAGUGACAGCGAUGAUGAAUUCUCUUCCGGUGUGGUGUAUAAGAUUGGUGACCUUGGCCAUGUGACAUCAAUAACAAACCCCCAGGUGGAAGAAGGAGACAGACGGUUUUUGGCCAAUGAGAUUUUGCAAGAGCAAUACUGCUAUUUGCCGAAGGCAGACAUCUUUGCCCUGGCACUCACAGCAGCUCUAGCAGCCGGCGCAGCACCGCUGCCUCACAACGGGGCCAUGUGGCACCACAUCCGCAAAGGCAAUGUACCGACGAUGCCCCAGAAGCUUCCCCAUCGCUUGCUUGAACUUCUCAAGCUCAUGAUCCAUCCUGACCCAGUGGAAAGACCUUCUGCCACAGCUCUUACUAAACAUCCAGUUCUCUGCCCUUCACAUGGGAAAGCUGUGCAGCUCCAGAAGCAGCUAAACAUGGAGAAGCGCAAGACUGCCAUGCUGGAAAGGGAACUUAGAGCAGCCCGCCUUGCCCAGACCCUCAUGAAGGACCAGCCCUUAGGAAGUGCCAAGUUUCAAGAGCCUGAAACCUCUUCUAAGCAGAAGAGCAAGCGCCUGGUGGGAGGGAAGAGCUCUCGCUCAUUUAGCUUUACUUUGGGGGGCAAGGACUCCUUGCCUGACGCAGGGGAGCAGCCACUGUCGUGUCGUGUGCUGGUGCUGCGCCAGUUUGUAAGACAUGAGUCUGACACGGUGGGCUCGUUGGUGCUCGAAAGAUCCAUGAACCGUGUUCAGUUACUCGGCCGGGUUGGACAGGACCCUGUCAUGAGGCAAGUGGAGGGAAGAAAUCCCGUUACCAUAUUUUCUCUUGCAACCAAUGAGAUGUGGCGAACAGGGGAAGGUGACACGACCCAGGGAGGUGAUAUCAGUCAGAAGACAACAUGGCACAGGAUCUCUGUCUUCAGACCGGGCCUCAGGGAUCUUACGUAUCAGUAUGUGAAGAGGGGUGCUCGACUCUAUGUCGAAGGGAAGAUAGACUAUGGUGAAUAUACGGAUAAAAACAACGUGAGGCGGCAGGCCACAACAAUUAUAGCAGAUAAUGUAAUUUUUCUGAGUGAUGGUAGUUCGAAAGAAAAGGCGUGAGGUCGUUAAUGCUUGGACCCAGGCCAUUUCAUUCCUUUUGUGUUACAGUGCUUCGUAAUUCUGUAAUCAUGUGUAUUGCUGUAGUUUCUUUAACAAAUAAAUAAAAUGUUUGAUACC